AUGCAGGGUGGCUUUUCAGAUGUCUUUUCAGAAGAACUGCAUCUGGAGCACUAUGACAGAAACAAUAUAUUUGGGAAAUAUAUAGAUGCUAUUGAACUGUUAGCAGAACAGUGGGAAAAUUGGUUGAUUCAGUGGAAAGUCAAUACAGUAGCAAAAACAGCUUUGCUCUCUGCUUUCAAGGCCAUGGGCACUCAACCUGUACCUGCCUUUGGAAUGGGAGGACAGCAAACCUCAAGCUUUGGGCUGUCAAGCUUUCCUGUCAGCAGCAGCAGCAGCAGCAGUACCAGUGCCAGCAGUUUCUCCUUUAAAACUAGUUCCAACCUCACGAAUUCCACAUCAUCUGGGAGCAGCCCUGCUGCUGGGAGCUCUCCUGCUGCUGCAAAUCCUCCUGCAUUUGGGACAGCAUCCUCUCCUAGCGCACCCCAAUCCGUCGGCUUUGGCAGCCCGGCCGCUCCAUCCGCAGCCUCCUUCUCCUUUAAAACAGCUGCCACAGCUGGUGGCUUUGGGACUUCUGGCUUUUCAGGCUUUGGCAGCGCUUCUGCUGUGAACUCUGCAAGCACCACUCCACUCCCAGCCUUUGGAGCCUUCAGUGCCACCAUAGCCACUUCUGCCUCGCCUUCGAGCGGUGCUUUAUUUGGACAGAGCGCCAGUGCCUCUGGACAUGCUGUCACCUCAGCCUCUGCUGCAGCCAGCAGCUCCAGCCCUGCCUCCGAGAAGUUAUUCACACCCAAGAGCGAGUUAUCAGCUGAAGAGUGGCAACAGUUUGAAGCAAAGGAGUUCACAAUUGGAAAGAUUCCUCUUAAGCCACCACCAUUAGAACUUUUAAAUGCUUUCAACCUUUUAAGUUUUUUCUGAAAUGUUGUUCAUUUUUAUUUCCUUUCUCAAUUCUCUUCUGCAGAAAUAAAUGUGCAAGUAUAAACUUUUGAAUGUUAAUUUGGGACAGACUUUUUACAUCUGAGAGAUGAACUGUUGAAACUAAAAUGGAACAUUUCCUUCUAUAUGCUGUCCUGUGAACUUCUGUGCAAAGACUGUGUGAAAAAUAUGGUGUCGAAAGAGAGAAUGUUUCAUUGACGUGUUUAAAAUCUACCCUUUGAUCAAUUUAUUGUCUCCAAGUGCACGCUCCAUGACUUGUAGGACUGGCCACAAAAGCUUUUUUCCCCAUUGCUCCAACAAUUGGUAUUGUAACUUUAUUGGUGAGCCCAUUGGUGAUAGUUAUUACUGAAUGUGUGCCUUUGCUGUCUAUCAAAAAUCUGUUGCUUUAUUCCCCAGCUUUACUGAAACAUGAACUGUGAGGGAUGCCUCCACACUUUCCUCCAGUCCCCUUCACUCAUUAUCAAAAUCAUCCAGCAUCCUAAUGUUUAUAUCUUUAAGUUGACCGUUCCUGCCCAUAAAUGGCAUGUGGAUUCAGGUCAAAAGGAGGGGCCAUUUCUGACCCCUCAACCCCUGCUUAUCUUUUUGCCUUCCCUAAUACCAUUCUCUUUUCAUACACAUUAAAAAGGGGUUCAAUAUAGCCUGCAUAUCCCACCGGUUAGGAUUAUGAGUCAGCAUGAUAGUUUCCAAAAGCUGAUACAUUCCUUCAGGAUUCUCUCAUUAUAAACAAGCAGAUCAUUUCCAAUUAAAAAAAAAUCAAAAGCAGAACAAGGAACUUGUCCAGAAAAAAAACAGCUGUUGCUCUGCACCCACCCAAGUGGUUUGUCUUACCACUGGCUCUGAGUACAGGCCACAACAGGACUAAAAUCCUCACCUCCUGUGUUCUCUUUAUUUUGAUCUAUAUCCUCUUUAUCCAUCUCCACCCUGCUGUUAUAGGGGUGUGGAAUGAAAGGAACUAACAUUUGCACAUAAACCCUCAUCCCAUUUUCCAACAUCCACUGUAAUAUAUUAAUCUGCAAUUACACAUUUUCCCCAUACUUCAGUUUAUAAAGCGGCCACCAGUGAUGACAAUAUCUCUUCAUUUUAUCUUUAGUCACUGGAUCUCCCCUAAACAUAUUCUGUUUUUUUGGGAUGCAUCCUAGACA